CGACCUGUCUGCACACACCACGCUGAACAGCGCCAUAGCUUUCUCAUACUCUGAGCUCCUUCCUAGACGAAGGCUGAAAUUGAACGAAUCGCGAGCGCCAACCUGUGGACUCGUACGAUGGCUGCGUAUUGAGCACUGAGCUGACGUCGACCUCUGGACUACACCCACGAAUAUGACGAGCAUCGUCCUGCUGCCCGAGGACAGCGAGGACACUACGAAGUAUGACGAGAGGGGGUACAAACGACACUUCCGAGGGUGGUUGAGCUAUGCGUUCGCGAGUGAAGUGUUCGUGGUCGUGUCCUUGACACUCUUUCUUCCCAUCUGCCUCGAGCAAUUCGCUAGAGACAACGGCUACCUCCUUCCUGACCGCACGCAACCAUGCAAGGCCGCCCAGAACACCACUGUUGGACCUACGGCUGAACCGGGCCAGGCGCGCUGUGUGGUGAAACUCGGUUGGGUAUGGAUUGACACUGCGAGCUUCAGCCUGUAUGUCUACUCAGUCUCCGUCGCCCUCCAGGCCCUCACUGUGAUCUCCAUGGGCGGAAUAGCAGACCAUCCACCCCACCGCAAACGCCUCCUCCUCGCCUUCGCCGCGCUCGGUUCGUUCGCUGCGAUACUCUUCCUUGCAGUCCCCUCUUCCACGCAAAUAUGGCCCAGCGUCGGCCUCCUCGCAAUAUGCGCCAACGUCGGCUUCGGCGCAUCCAUCGUCGCCUUGAACGCAUACAUCCCGUCCCUCGCACGGUCCACACGAGCGGUAGUAACCGCACAAGCAGAGCUCGUCCGCCUGCGCGAGCUGCACGCCCGACGAGCCAGCGCAGACCCCGACGUAUACGCCACCACGCCAGACGAGCGCGGGCCCGAUGACGGUGACGGUGCCGCAGAGCGCCUCCUCCAGCGCACGACCGCAGACAGAGUGCACCCCGACGUGUUCGCCGCGAAGCUCGCGCACGAUACCGCGCUCUCCGCCGCAACCGCGCGCAUCUCCUCGCACGGGAUCGCGCUCGGGUACGGCGCGGGCAUCUUCAUGCUCCUCCUCGCGCUCAUCCCCGUCACGCGCCUCGGCGGGUCGACGUUCGCGCUCCGCCUCGCGGUCGGCCUGAGCGGUGUGUGGUGGGCGCUGUUCUCGCUGCCUGCGGCACUGUGGCUGCCCGGGGCGGCGCAGCUCGGCGCGAGGAUCGCGCUGACGCAGGAGCCUGGUGAGGGCGAGGCGGUGGAGGAGAAAUGGAGUGUUUGGCGGGAGAUCGUGGGUGCGUGGAAGAGGCUCGGGGGGAUGUUGAGGUGGCGCGAGAUCAAGCGGCUGCGCAACACCUUUGUCUACCUCGCUGCUUGGUUCUUGCUCUCUGAUGGGUUCACGACCAUCACAUCCACCGCGCUACUGUUUGGGAAGACGACAUUGGGGAUGCCGCCGUCUGCGCUGAUCCUCAUCGGUGUGCUCACCCCUAGCGCAGGCAUCCUCGGCUCGCUCGCCUGGCCGCUCAUCCAGCGCCGUCUAGCAUGGUCGAACCUGCGCAUCCUUGUCGUCCUAGUUGUGAUGGCGUCGCUCAUUCCGGCCUACGGCUGCCUCGGGUUCCUCCCCGUGUUCCAGUCUGGCGUGAAGUUCGGCGGCCUGACGACAUGGGGCGAGAUGUACGUCCUUGCUGUGUACUUCGGCUCGGUAUAUGGGGCCUUCCAAGGCUAUGCUCGCGCAUUCUACGCAGAACUCAUCCCUCCAGGCGAGGAGGCGCGAUGGUAUGGCCUGUUCUCGAUAACUGAUAAGUCGAGUUCCUUCGUGGGUCCGCUUUUCGUGGGCCUCAUCGCGGACACGACGGGAAAUAUCCGCUAUGCGUUCUUCUUCCUGGUGUUGAUGGUGUGGCUGGCGGUGCCUAUAUUGAUGUGUGUGGACGUGGAGCGCGGACGAGAGGAUGCCAGGCAGUAUACAUACGACCAGGAGAUAUAGCUUGGGUGAGCGAACUUGUGAUAUGCUUGGACUGUAAAUUAGCAGUGUCUCCGCUUUCAACGCUUCAUGGGUUGUGACUAUCCCGGCGGAAUGCUUUGAGAUUGAUAUAUCUCAGACAGAGAUCGCAGCUCUGACACUUGGGCUUUGUG